AAGAAACAGAGCUCAUAUAAUUACUGAAUGUGUACAGAGAAUCUGAACAUUUUGUUGUAAUGACUCAUCUUCUGAAAUAUUGCGUAAAAUCUCCGGAUGACACUCAAAACCUGUGUUGUCAACAUCUAGUUUGUCCAUGUGGCGUCGCCGUACCGAGCUGUCCAAGAUGGCGGAUCUGCUCGCGCAUGCGCGACUCACAUCCCUGGUUGACUCAGAUGCUGUAGUGACAGCCGCCUCUCCCCCAGGUUGGUCAGCUGACCGUCAGCCGGUCUGCUGACUGUCAAACCCCAGAAGCUCGCUCCGUGACCCAGACAGCAGCUCCACCAGGCCGAGGCCGGUCUCUGUGUCUCUGUGUUCCCCCGCUGCCGGAGCUCCUGACCCGGACACUCUUCUGCCGCCCGCCGCUGUUAGCUCUGGAUCUUUGGCCCGACCGAGCCGAGCUCCUCGCACUGUGCCUCGGACCCUCAGGCUCCGCUCCUCCCCUCACGGGUCCGACUCCGAGGCCGGUCGGCUGGUCGACUCUCCACCGAGCCUGUGAGCCCCCCUCCCGGCCCCGGCAGGCCCCCCGGCCCCGGCAUGGCUCUGCUGGAACUCGCCAUGCAGGGACUGGCCGUGUUCGGCUUCAUCCUGUUCUGCGUGCUGUGGCUCAUGCACUUCAUGUCCAUCAUUUAUGUGCGUCUCCACCUUCACAAGAAAAGGUCAGAGGUCAAACAGCCCUUCAUUCAGCUGGCAGGAGUUUCUCUACUGAAGCCACUGAAGGGCGUCGACCCCAACUUGAUCGCCAACUUGGAGACAUUUUUUACACUGGAUUACCCCAAGUAUGAGAUCCUGCUGUGCGUUCAGGAUCAGGACGAUCCAGCUGUCGAUGUCUGUAAGAAGCUUUUGGGCAAAUAUCCCAACGUGGACGCUCGAUUAUUCAUUGGGGGCAAGAAAGUUGGAAUCAACCCCAAGAUCAACAACCUGAUGCCAGGCUACGAAGGAGCCAAAUACGGCCUGGUGUGGAUCUGUGACAGCGGCAUCAGAGUGAAACCAGACACCCUGACAGAUAUGACCAAUCAGAUGACAGAGAAAGUGGGAUUGGUCCAUGGCUUGCCGUAUGUUGCUGAUCGCCAGGGCUUCGCCGCCACACUGGAGCAGGUGUAUUUUGGGACGUCUCAUCCUCGCUCCUACAUCUCGGCUAACGUGACGGGGAUAAAGUGCGUGACGGGGAUGUCGUGUCUGAUGAGGAAGGACGUGUUGGAUCAGGCCGGCGGAUUGGUCGCCUUCGCUCAGUACAUCGCCGAGGAUUACUUCAUGGCUAAAGCCAUCGCUGACAGAGGCUGGAAGUUCUCCAUGGCAACACAGGUAGCUUUGCAGAACUCUGGGUCGUACUCCAUUGGUCAGUUCCAGUCUCGCAUGAUCAGGUGGACGAAGCUGAGGAUCAACAUGCUUCCCGGCACCGUGCUGGAGCCCGUCUCUGAAUGCUUCCUGGCCAGCCUCAUCAUUGGCUGGGCUGCUCAUCAUGUGUUCAGGUGGGACAUGAUGGUCUUCUUCAUGUGUCACUGUCUCGCCUGGUUUAUUUCCGACUACAUUCAGCUGACUGGAGUUCAGGGCGGCCCGCUGUGCUUCUCCAAGCUGGACUUCGCCGUCGCCUGGUUCAUCAGAGAGUCGAUGGCGGUGCAGAUCUUCCUGUCGGCUCUGUGGGACCCCACCAUCAGCUGGAGGACCGGCCGCUACCGGCUGCGCUGCGGCGGCACCGCCGAGGAGAUCCUCGAUGUCUAGUUACCACAGCGACCGCCUGCACACCUUCCUCCCCAUCCUUGCUCCUCAUCCUCCUGUUCACGGAGAGGAUCCGAGAGAGAGAGAGAGAGAGAGAGAGACUGACGUUCAUGUUUCUGUUUUUUAUGAGAAAAACUGAAGAGAGAGAGA